AUGUCAUCAAACGACGUGGCAACAAACCAAAAUGCUGGCACAGAUCAAAAAUCUGAUGCCAACAAACAACAAGAUCAACCCGGUUCGGGCUCUGAUGAUUCGAAACAAAUCAACGGUAAAAAUGUCAUCGCAACUAAAGUAUCUGGUACAGUAAAAUGGUUCAAUGUUAAGAGCGGCUAUGGAUUUAUUCAUCGAGAAGAUACAAAUGAAGACAUCUUCGUUCAUCAAACAGCUAUUGUUAAGAACAAUCCUCGCAAGUACUUACGUAGUGUUGGUGAUGAAGAAAAAGUUGAAUUCGAUAUUGUACAAGGCGAAAAAGGUCUUGAAGCCGCUAAUGUAACAGGUCCCAAUGGCGACAGCGUUCAAGGUUCCAAAUAUGCAGCUGAUCGUCGACAAUACAAUACCCGUGGCGGAUUUCGAGGAAGUCGAGGAGGUAAUCGCCCACCAUUCCGAGGUGCCCGUGGUGGACCUUUCCGUGGAGGUCGCGGUGGCUUCGAUGCAGGUUAUAACCAACCAUUUGGUCAACCAUUCGAAGGUUAUGGCCCUCCACCAAUGGGAGGACGUCCUUUCAGCCGACCACCACGAGGCUUUGGUGGUCCAAUGAUUCGAGGACGUGGACGUCCACCAUUCCGAGGCGGCUAUGGAUUUGAAGGUGAUUUCGGAGGACAACGCGUUUUUCGCGGCCGAGGCGGCCCAAUGAUGGGUGGUCCAAUGGGACCUAUGCCAGGCCCAAUGGGUCCACCAAUGGGUGGAUUCGGAGGUCGUGGUGGUUUCCGAGGUCGCGGUCGAGGCCGUGGACGUGGCCGUGGUCGAUUCUUCCGAGGAGCCCGUCAAGGAAAUCGUAAUGAUUCAAGUAACGAAAAUGACAAUCAAGCCGGCGGACCAGAUGGCGGUCAAUCAUCAGUCUAA